CUCCUCUUUCCUCUGUCUCUCUCUCCUACGGUCCUCCCUCCUCCCCGCCACGGAGAAAGGGGCCGGCGAGAAAUCUUGGUCGCACCGCGCCUCACUGAUCCAUUGCAAUUGAUACCUGUGAGGGUAUGGACCAAGAACGUGAUGGCCCCAAUCCCAGUCCCAGUAGCAAGGAAGAGGUGGAAAUACUGACGGGCAUGGAAGAUGAAGUAGACAGUGCUAAUGACAUGGUAGAACAAGAGGAAAGCACCGGCAGCGCCCCUAGCCCAUCGUUUUCAGGCAGAAACACGAAAAGGCUCCAGUCGAAAGGGUGGGACGAUUUCAUGCCCAUUUUCGUCGGAACUAAGCUUGCAAAGGCUGAAUGCAUGCACUGCCAGAAGGUUUACAACGUCGGCUCCAGUGGCACUAGCAACCUGCUAAAGCACCAGGCCAAGUGCAGCGCUAGGGCCCAUAAAAGGCCAAUGCAAGACAAGCUUCAAAUGUUGCCAUCUACCCAGAAGAGCACCGUUGCAGCUAGCCCUGGUUUGACACAGAAGAAGCUCCCAUUCUCCCUCGCCAGCCAGAAGAAAUGCUUGAGCACAGCCGAUGCAAUGCUUCAGAAGAAGGGUCUUGCUUUGCUUGACAUUCCCAAUGACAUGAAUCAGGAGGUUCAUCAGAAUUCAUCUCAUGAGGAACUUGCAGGACGCGAGCAGAAGAAUCAGUUGGGAGCAAAACUUGCAGUGCCUGAGCAGGACAUUCUCACUAACAUGAAUCGGAAGAAUCCAGAGGUUGAUCAGGGUGAGCCACACAAAGAACUUGUCAGGAUAUUUGCUGCGCACGGGCAGUCACCAUUUAUAAGAGCCCAUGAUAGGUUUAGCAAGUUUGUUGCUUGCUUGAAUCCUAUGGUCAAGAUGCCAGAUGAAUAUGUCAUGUGCAGGUACUUUAAGGAACUGUUUGACAAAGAAAAGACCAACCUGAAGGAGAAGCUUGCCGCUUUGGGCAGUCGGGUUUGCUUGAGUGCUUAUGUGUGGCACUACGAUUUGCUCUCAGCGUUCUUAUGCCUGAGUGUUCAUUACAUUGAUGGUCAAUGGGAGAAGCAGAAAAAUAUCAUCAAAUUUCGUGCCGUCGAUCCUUCCUGCAGUGGAGAGGAAUUGAGCCAGUCUAUAUUGUAUGCUAUUGACGAUUGGGGUCUUCGUGACAAGGUUUUCAGCAUUAUACUGGACGAUGCAUUUCUGGAUGAUUCAGUUACUUCAGAUGUCAAAGCUCGUCUCGAAAAAUGGAACCUUCUCUCGGCUAAUCGGAGUGUGUCUACAUCUGUAAAUCAGAGCUUGUUUGUGAUAAGGUAUGCAACUCAUCUAGUUAAACAUGUCAUACAGGUUGGGAAGGAUGAACUUGAGAAAGUCACGCAGAAGUCAACAAAGUGUUCUAAGUAUACAAAGGGCCACAUUCCUCCGGUAGUACAUUAUCCGAACCACAGAUAUGCACCGUCACCAGGAGGCUGGAAAAGUGCAAAGAAGAUUUGUAAGGUCAUGGAAGAUUUGCAACGACACAUGGAUGAAAUACACAAUUGUUGCAAUCCAGCUGACCUGUUUGACAAGGUGUGGGAUGUUAAGAAACUUUUGCAUCGUGAUGCUGAUUCCUAUAUCUGGGGAGAUAGUAAAAUUUCCAAAGAGCUGGAGAAGAUGCAAGAAAAGUCUAAGGAGCAGUGGAAACUCUGUUGCUUAAAUAUAUGUAUGCCUAUGAUCAUGGAUCCUUCAUACCGUUUGAAACGCAUCAAGUCCCGUCUCCGGUCUGAUGCAGGCAAUUAUCAUCUGGAGAAGCGGAGUUUUGAAGAUGAUAUAGAAGAUUAUAUUGAAGAAGUGCAUGCCAUAUUGCUCAACCUCUUCUGUGAAUAUUCUGAUCAGGUGGAAGACACUAGCUGCACGUCUGGAUCUAAAACUAGAAAAAGAACUCUUGGGGAGGGACGUGAUACACUGAUGGACUAUUACCAAGCCGCCGAAUAUCCAUACAGUGAGCGACCGAUGAUAGAACUUGAUCAGUACAUGCAGGAGCCAGGUCUCUCUGCAGAUGAGUCCAGUGUUCUCCAAUGGUGGAAGGAACACAACCUGACCUAUCCUACAAUUGCUCGGAUGGCACGUGAUAUAUUGGCCGUGCCACUCAGUGUAGACUGCAGCGUAGCAAUAAAGACUGCGAGGCGCACAAUUUGCGAGUCUAGUAGCCUGUGGCGUGAAGAGGUUGUGUGUGUUCAGGACUGGCUCAGAUCAGAUGGUUCCUCGAGCGAGUGAUAUUUUCAAGUGAAUAUUUCAACCUUCAGGAUGUCCCAUGAUUCAAAUACGAGAUAUUGCGCAGACAGGGAGUUCCUUUUUGACAGUUUUGGAGGCAGUAUGCUAAGCUGAUUUGUCAAGAUGUAGUUAACAGCACAGUAGCUUCUCAGUUACUAGUGAGGUGUAGCGAGGCUUUUGUGUCUAUGCUUGGUGAGGAGUCUGUCAGUAAUUCCUACUUCUAGCUUCAGAUACACCUGAAAAUUAUGUCCAGAUAUUACUUAUAAUUUUGCUAGUACCUCGCGUGAAAAUUUUACGUUUUUCCUGGACCAGCUUGAUUUGUCGGUUCAAAGGUUCAGACUUCUGAACAAUGUGAUGCACUCAGCCUUUCAGCACG